UUGAAUUUCGGAAGAUAAGCUGCCUUAUCUAUCUACACUAUUACUCUCCCACUCCCAGUCCCACACUCUCUCACUUGCACGAAAACCAAUUACCACUUUAUGACCAAAAAUGGUUUCCAGGACAUUUGCGUUUGCAGCUCAGUCUUCCUUUUACUGCUUUUCUGAUUUGCCCAAGCUAAAUCCCUCCAAAACCUCCCCUAAACAGACUCCCCACAGGAGCUCCAGUUUUGCUAAUAACCACCACAAUCGAGUUCCAUGGCUCCCUGAACCUAAGCUCAAACGGUUGAGUUCUGUUUGCUUCUUUAAUGCUGGGGAUAAAUCCAAAGAUGGUAUUCAAGGCAAGGAGGAAACUGAAUUAGGCUGGCCGAUUCUGGAGCGUUGGGAUGUGCCUUGGGGUUGGCAAACAGCGUCCUUGACCUCCUUCGCCUGUGGAUUAAGUUUUGUUUUGACAGGAUUAGUAGAGGCAGCAGCUAUACCCUACCUAGGACUUCGUGUUGAAGAAUUGAGUUUAGAUGAGAAGGCAGAGAUUUUGUUUCUUGAUCAAGGCAUUACUACUGCAGUGGUACUUGCAGUUUUAUAUGGUGUUGCUAACUCCUUCCAACCGCUACCUGAGGACAUGUACCGCUAUGAUUUAAGGGAUCCAUUCAAUCUACGGAAAGGGUGGCUUCUGUGGGCAGGCAUCGGUCUUGCUGGUGCUAUAGCUGCCAUUUCAUUAACAGGUGUUGCCGUGUCGUUUUUCAGUGGUGAAACCCCUCAACGAGAGACUGAUGCCUUAGUCCGCCUGCUUCCGUUAAUUGGAUCCUCGAGUAUCAGCACUGCUUGCUUGGUAGGCAUCACAGGGGUUCUUGCUCCAAUUCUUGAGGAGAACGUGUUUCGAGGGUUUUUCUUGGUGUCCCUGACUAAGUGGGUACCUACACCAGUUGCUGUUCUUAUUAGUGCAGCUGUUUUUGCAUUGGCGCAUCUAACUCCUGGAGAGUUUCCACAACUUUUUGUGCUUGGCGCUGCUAUGGGAUUUUCAUAUGCUCAAACUCGUAACCUUCUGACUCCAAUCACCAUACAUGCUUUCUGGAACUCUGGAGUUAUAUUGGUUCUGACCUUCCUCCAGCUUCAAGGAUAUGAUAUCAAAGAAUUGUUGCAGUCCACCUGACGAUCUUUUAAUUUGAUAAAGCAGAGCAUAUGUUUCAUUGGAUUAGUUAUUGCAUAUCUGGAUAACUUAUAUCUUGGAUAAGAUGUCUAGAUCCAGUGAACAUAGACUGGAGUUAUUCAAUGUAAAAAUUAGCAAAACUAAUGAAGUUUUGAAACAUGAUUACAUUACUGUUUACUCUGUUCACCUUGCCAACUAGCCAAUUGUAUUCAACUAUUCAUAUAGUGAUUAAACUAUAUGGUUUUAUACGUUUUAUGAUGAUCAAUGACAUUUUUUCUUUGCUUUAUCUUUUA